CUUUUUUCAGCCAGCAAACAUGGAGCGCCUAUUUGAAAAGUUAUGUAUGCCUUCGAGCCGAGGGCCCACUCUUAGUGUAGAUGAAGCCAAGAAGCUCAAUUUCAAUGACUUGUUGUCCAAGGUGAGUUUUGCUUUUUCAUCCUCGCGCCGCCCCAAACCUACUGAACGCCUGAAUCCGAUGCUAGACGAUGCACUCGGCCAGCUACAUAGCCUCGGAGCCGGACUUCCGCAAAGCUAUGACCACCGAGUUCAACUCAACCCUUGCUAGCAAAUCCAGCAGUCCAAGCAAUACCUUACGGACUGUUGAACAAAUGUUUGAUGCAGCGACCCAAGUUUGUCACAACUCAAAUGACCGAGACGUCGUCAACUGGCUUCGCACAACCGUCCUUCUCGCCGUGAAGCAAGGUUUUGAUGAAGCUGGGGGCUCACCUUCCAAAGCCAAAAGCUCCAGCAGCAGCUCCGCCGUUAAGAGAAAGAGUAAGAAGUACGAAGAGGAUGGAUUCGUUGUGCCUGACGAUGCCGACAAAAUAGAGCAUAACCACCUUGGCGCGUCGGAUGACGAUUAUGAGCCUCCUUCAGAUGAGGAUGAUGAUGAAUAUGUACCCACGGAUGAGGAUGCGGUCGUGCCUGAUAUCAAGCCCUCCUCACCUAAAUCCUCGCCUAAAGGUAAACGAGGAAGUGGCCAAAAGAGCGCAAAGAAGUCGACGACCAAUGUGCCCGAAGAUGGUCUCAACCAUAGCAAAAAAUCUGGAGAUGUUUUCCCAUCCAAGGAUGAUUCACAGCGCCACGAAAAACAACAGCAAAUGCAGAGCUACCAUCAAAUGUCGUUCCCCAAGGGUAGCUUUAUCCAAGCCUACUUCUUCCCGUCGAAGGAAAGUUACUCUGCCUUUUUGUCUGCCCUUAACUCUGCCCGUUCCACUCUCGAUAUCUGCGUAUUCUCCAUUACCGACGACGACACUGCUGACGCUUUGAUUGCCGCCAAAAAACGCGGCGUUAAAAUUCGAAUUAUUACUGACGAUCAACAAGCUGCCAUCAAAGGUGCCGAUGCUUCAAGACUUCAAAAGGAUUAUAACAUUCCCUACAAGACCGAUCAUACCCAAGGCUACAUGCAUAACAAGUUCGCUAUCAUCGAUCAUCAGUUAAUGAUCAAUGGCAGCUUUAACUGGUCUAAAGGUGCACGCUUCAAGAACAAGGAAAACAUUAUCAUUACCAACAUCAAAAGCUGUAUAGAUGAAUUCGACAAGGAGUUUAACACUCUGUGGGCAGCCUUUUAAGCAUGCCUUCCCUGGUGGCUGCUAGAUAUCCCAAUGCCUGUCCUUUAUAAAAAAUUUGAUUGGCUAGCUGGCAAUAAACUUGUAUAUCCCAUUUGGCAUUUCC